AUGGUGAACAUCUAUGUCUACCGACAAAAAGUUCUGUACUCAAGCCCCACUGACGGCAUUGGAAACAAUAUCACCAUGACUGUCCCUGAAACCAUGGACAUCCAGAGGCAUUACCCGAAUAAAAGACUUAUACUCCCAAUAAACGAUCCUGCCAUUCCCAGAACUGCAACAAACAUACCAACUGCCCAACUCACUCAUUUUCACAUAUUUACAACUAAAAAGCAUAAUUCUCACCAAAGUAUCAACUUCAACGACCGUGCUGAAUACGCAAACUCCUCUUUUCGCACCACUGGCCGAGAAAUGACACUCUACACCCACGAAAUCCAAAACCUUAACCCUCUGCUACAAAACGCUGAUAGACCAAUCAACACCCUGCUCCUUUGCAUACGUGACCCAAUGGUAAAAAGAAGGAAUGUCUAA